AGGUGUUGUUUGUAGAUGAUGAGGAACCACAGGAUUGCUAGUGGUUUCUGUGGAAACGAAGUACAUACAAAAAAACAAAUCAAAAACAAAAACAUGGCUGCAAAGGAGAAAUUGGAGGCAGUGUUGAACGUGGCCUUGAGGGUGCCAAGCAUCAUGCUACUGGAUGUCCUGUACCGAUGGGAUGUCAGCUCCUUUUUCCAGCAGAUCCAAAGAAGUAGCCUCAACAACAACCCUCUUUUCCAAUAUAAGUAUUUGGCUCUUAAUAUGCAUUAUGUAGGUUAUAUCUUAAGUGUUGUGCUACUCACUCUGCCCAGGCAGCAUCUAGUUCAGCUUUAUUUAUAUUUUUUGACUGCCCUGCUCCUCUAUGCUGGACAUCAGAUAUCCAGGGACUACGUCAGGAGCGAACUGGAGUCUGCCUAUGAAGGACCAAUGUACUUAGAACCUCUCUCCAUGAAUCGCUUUACUACAGCCUUAAUAGGUCAGUUAGUGGUGUGCACCCUGUGCUCCUGCGUCAUGAAGACAAAGCAGAUCUGGCUCUUCUCAGCGCACAUGCUUCCUCUGCUGGCACGACUCUGCCUUGUCCCUCUGGAGACCAUCGUCAUCAUCAACAAAUUCGCUAUGAUUUUUACAGGAUUGGAAGUCUUGUAUUUUCUAGGGUCUAAUCUUUUAGUACCGUAUAACCUCGCCAAGUCAGCGUAUAGGGAGUUGGUGCAGGUAGUGGAGGUGUAUGGCCUUCUGGCCCUGGGAAUGUCCCUCUGGAACCAGCUGGUGGUCCCCGUGCUCUUCAUGGUCUUCUGGCUUGUGUUGUUCGCUCUUCAGAUCUACUCCUACUUCGGCACCCGAGAUCAGCCUGCAUCCCGGGAGAGGCUUCUCUUCCUUUUCCUGACAAGCAUUGCCGAGUGCUGCAGCACGCCCUACUCCCUUCUGGGCUUGGUCUUCACCGUGUCUUUUGUUGCCUUGGGCGUUCUGACACUAUGCAAGUUCUACCUGCAGGGAUACCGAGCCUUCAUGAAUGAUCCUGCCAUGAACAGGGGCAUGACAGAAGGAGUCACCCUCUUGAUCCUGGCGGUGCAGACGGGGCUCAUAGAACUCCAGGUGGUUCACCGUGCGUUCCUGCUCAGCAUCAUCCUCUUCAUCGUCGUUGCCUCAAUCCUGCAGUCCAUGUUAGAGAUCGCAGAUCCCAUUGUUUUGGCGCUGGGAGCAUCUAGAGACAAGAGUUUGUGGAAACACUUCCGCGCUGUGAGCCUCUGCUUGUUUCUCCUCGUGUUCCCUGCAUACAUGGCCUACAUGAUCUGCCAGUUCUUCCACAUGGACUUCUGGCUUCUCAUCAUCAUCUCCAGCAGCAUCCUUACCUCCCUCCAGGUUCUGGGAACACUUUUUAUUUACGUCUUAUUUAUGGUGGAGGAAUUCCGCAAAGAGCCUGUGGAAAACAUGGACGAUGUCAUCUACUACGUGAACGGCACCUACCGCCUGCUGGAGUUUCUCGUGGCUCUCUGUGUGGUGGCCUAUGGCGUCUCAGAGACCAUCUUUGGCGAGUGGACCGUGAUGGGCUCCAUGAUCAUCUUCAUCCAUUCCUAUUACAAUGUGUGGCUCCGCGCCCAGCUGGGCUGGAAGAGCUUCCUCCUCCGCAGGGACGCCGUGAAUAAGAUUAAGUCUCUCCCCAUUGCUACAAAGGAGCAGCUUGAGAAGCACAAUGACAUCUGUGCCAUCUGUUACCAGGACAUGAAAUCUGCUGUGAUCACGCCUUGCAGUCAUUUCUUUCAUGCAGGAUGUCUUAAGAAAUGGUUGUACGUCCAGGAUACCUGCCCUCUGUGUCACUGCCAUCUCAAAAACUCCUCUCAGCUUCCAGGACUGGGGACAGAAGUGGCCCCACAGCCUCCUGCAGGGGCUGAGCAGAACGCUGUACGUCAGGAAGGUCCUGAGCCGCCGGACCAUGAGCGGCCACCAGGGCCAGGGACACAGGAAGGUUCUGGGGACAGUAGUGAGCACAGCAGAAGCUCAGCCAGCCAGGAAGGGCCUGCUGACCCCGGAGAGGAUCCUCGGAGCACAAAACGUGAUGCGUGCCCUGUUGAGUCCGCCUAGAGGAGAGACAGCCUUGGAGCUCCGUACUGUGGAGAAGGCCGCCCAAGGGGGAGUCCACACUCAGAUCUGAGGAGUGAACAUGGGACAGGAUGAGGCAGGAAUGUGACAUUCCACGGAUCUCCUCCAGGGGCACUCAGUGGGCACCAUGCGCUCUCCACC